AGCCAGGCUGCGCUCAGCCGUUGAGGGCGUGGCGAGGGCGUGGCCAGCGCGUGGCCGGCACGUGGCGAGGCGUGAUCAGGCACGUGUCUGCUGCGCAGGCGCGGUGCCCUCCAGCCUGGGGCCUCAGCGGCGGGCGUCAUGGAGCGGUUGCGCUGGCAGAUGGUGGCGGUGGCGGCCGCAGGCUUCGCGCUGGCCCUGGAGGCGCUGCCCUGGCUGCUGCGCAGGCUACGGGCUGGGCGGCCACGGCGCGAAGUCCUCUUCUUCCCGUCCCAGGUGACCUGCACGGAGGCCCUGCUGCAGGCCCCGGGCGCCGCGCCCGCCCGGCCGCCCUCGGGCUGCCCGUGCAGCCUGCCCCACUGCGAGAGCUCGCUGAGCCGCCUGCUGCGCGCGCUGCUGGCCGCCCGUGCCAGCCUCGAGCUCUGCCUCUUCGCCUUCUCCAGCCCGCAGCUGGGGCGCGCCGUCCAGCUGCUGCACCAACGCGGGGUGCGAGUGCGAGUCAUCACCGACUGCGACUACAUGGCGCUCAACGGCUCGCAGAUCGGCCUGCUGCGCAAGGCGGGAAUCCAGGUGCGGCACGACCAGGACCUGGGCUACAUGCACCACAAGUUUGCCAUCGUGGACAAGAAGGUGCUCAUCACUGGCUCCCUCAACUGGACCACGCAGGCCAUCCAGAACAACAGGGAGAACGUCCUGAUCAUGGAGGACGCUGCGUACGUGAAGUUGUUCCUGGAGGAGUUCGAGCGCAUCUGGGAAGAGUUCAACCCCACCAAGUACAGCUUUUUCCCACAAAAGAAGCGCAGCCGCUGA